AUGCCUGUAACUGGUCUAUACUUCAUCUCCGAACCCACCAAUCCCCCCGCGCUUCAAAUCCUCACCGAUCGGCUCUCCAAACGCCAUCAACCCUUCCCCCUAGCCCGCUGGACCCUCGAGCACAAGCUGCUGCGCGAGAAUCCACCCCCGGUACCCGCGACUCCGACUUCACCUACUACACCGCAGCCGACCCCGCAAGCCCCCCAACACAAGUUUAUGCAAUGGCUUGAUCUCUCCUACCAUCCGUUCAUGCUCUUUGUACUCGCCGAUAAACAGAUGGUAACCAGCGAGCGUGAAUUUGAACUCAUCGUACGGUCCAAGAUGGCACCAAUGUGGACGCCAAGGCAAACGCUGAGAGCUUUGGGGCCGGGAUAUGAGGUGGAUGAUUUCCGGGUGAGGAUUGCGGACCUGACGCAGGGAGAUCAGAUGAAGGGAUGCAUUGUCGAAGUCGAAUAUGGUCCUUGCUCGUACAUAGAGCAGGGAGAGGCGAUAAUUAGGGAUUUCGUGAUGGGCCUGGAUCCUCCCGAAGGCAAAUUUACGUUUGCGCCAGCAGAGGGUUACGAGAAGGGAAAAGAGUGGACAGUGUUAGAUACUGGGAGGCAGUAUUGCGAGGUCCUGAGGUUUAGAUAG